AUGACACGUCUUCUGAGCAACUGUUUCGUCCAAGCGAUAUCAGAAAUUAUCCUCAUUCCACGAGAGAAUAAGCUGGAACUACAGGACAAAUGGGAUCGGGUGCAAACGCUUCGCCAGAUAUACCAUCAUCUGGUCUUCGGUCCGACGUACGACUGGCAGAUGAUUUCCGAUUUCAUUCGAUCCGAAAAGCGCCUGGUGUUUCUGGCUCAGAAAGAGGAGUUCUUUCGAGAAUGUAAGAAACGCUACGAAUCAAUGCUCAAACGCGACUUGGUUCCCGAUCGAGAUUCUGUCCAAGGCAAGCUGAAGAACGCCCAAAAGUCAUCGUCAAAAGCGCACCAGGAGCUUUGGUACGAACGGCAACAACGUUUCAAGAUCCUCUCAGCGAUUCCCGAUGGACCUCUGCGACGUGCUCUCCCCGCCCGCGCCUUCGCUCCCCUCCCAUCUCAUACCAGCAGCGCUGGCAGCGCUGGCAGCAGCACCACCAGCGCCAGCAGCAGCGCCACCUUCAUCGCGGUCUUCAUCACCAGCAUCAGGCCCUCCUCCUUCUCCUCCUCAUCCUCCUGUUACUCCUCAUGCUGCUCCCGCUCCUCCCGCUCCGCCAAAAGCUCCGGUCGCUCCUCUCCCUCCUCUCCCUCCACCAGUUACCCAGGAGCAGCGACUCGAGCUGCAGCAAUGGCUGCUGCGGCAAUAUGCCCAGCAGCAACCCACGCAGCAGCCAUCCAAGCCCCCGCAAAAGGCUCAAAGCUCCCUGCGUGGAAUUUUGAGCAAAAUCGUCCCCAAGUGGGGGAAUCCGCCGGCCCAGCAGGGGUCAACUGA